AUAUCUUGUUUUAGCUUAUUUCACAAUUAAGAAUAAAUUUUCUGAGCCAUCUAGACGACACAUCGAAAAAAAAUCCGCCUGAGUCCUUAGUAUAAAUAAAAUUACCUUAUAACAAAGAAAUGAAUUCGCGAACUUCGAGUUUUUCUUCUAUAUCCGACUUAUUUCGUCCUAACAAUCCCAAAGGUCUUAGAUCUAGGGAUCUCAGUAGUACUCGUUUAAAUAUAUUGAAAAAGGAAAUCCAAACAGAUGCGCAUCUUAUACCGUUAAAAGAGUUGUAUUCUUCACUCGGUACUAACCCUGAAGUAGGUUUGACAAACGAAAGAGCUAAAGAAUUGUUAGAGUAUUACGGUCCUAACACCUUGACUCCAGCUUCACAAUUUGGAUGGUCUCGAAUGUUAUUCAAAUCAUUAUGUACAGGUUUUUCCAUUUUAAUUUGGUUGGGAGCUAUUUUAUGUUUGACUGCAUACCUUAUCGAAGUCUUUACUAAACCACACCCAAGCACAGACAAUUUGUAUUUGGGAUGUGUGCUUAUUGCUGUCGAUGUUAUUUGUGGAUUGUUUAGCUUUCUACAAAACUAUAAAAGUUCUAAGAUAAUGAAAACCUUCAAUAACAUGAUACCAAUGAAUUCGAGUUGUAUUCGGGAUGGAGUCAUGAAUGUGGACACUCCGGUUCGAGAUUUAGUGAGAGGAGAUAUCAUUCAUGUCAAAGCUGGUGAUGUUAUCCCGGCAGAUAUUCGAAUUAUCGAUAGUAAAGGUUUUAAAGUAGAUAAUUCAUCAUUGACGGGAGAAUGUUUAGCUGUCUCACGUAGCAAUACUGAAGGUACUACUAAUAUACUUGAAUCUCAAAAUGUUGCCUUCUUCUCUGCGUUAUGUGUGGAAGGAUGGGCAAAUGGUGUCGUGAUAUGUUGUGGAGAUUUGACUGCACUAGGUCGUGUUGCGGGUCUUGCAGCGAGACUACAACCAGCCCCAUCUCCUUUAUCGCGGGAAAUUCGUCUCCUAAUGAGAUAUAUGUCUGUGUGGGCUUUAAGCUUAGGUCUCUUUAUUGCCAUUGCGUCGCUUGCUCUUGGAUACCCAUUUAUGCAAACAACCAUAUUUGUAAUAGGCAUUGUCGUAGCCAAUAUUCCAGAAGGCUUGCAACCAACGGUAACAGCGUCAUUGACAUUAACAGCAAAACAUAUGGUCACAAAAAAUUGUCUGGUGAAAAAUUUGGAAGCCAUGGAAGCUUUAGGUGCUUGUACCACAAUAUGUUCAGAUAAAACUGGUACACUUACGGAAAACAAAAUGCGUGUCCGCCAUAUUUGGAUUGGAAAUAAGACAUACACACUUUCGGAUGUAGAAAUGGGUAGAAAACAAUUUGUAAAUACAAAAAAUUACAUAAGGUAUACUAAAUAUACAAAAAAAUUAUAUUGUUUUUCAGCUUUUCACAGUUUAAAAGUAUGUGGUGCGCUGUGUAGUAACGCUACCAUUACUGGAAAUGGGUAUCUUCAAGGCGAUGCUUCAGAAAAAGCAAUAUUGAAUUUCUUGACUCAGUGCGAUGACCCAGUUUCAAUUAGACAUGAAUACCCAAAACUUACUGAAAUACCUUUUAAUUCAGUUAACAAAUAUCAAAUCAGUAUUCAUCUAAACAAAUCAACAUCAACAUAUAUUCUUGUAAUGAAAGGAGCACCUGAAGUGAUAUUAGCUCGAAGCUCUACUAUCGCUUCUGACAAUAAAACAAUUAAAACUACUAAAGAAAUAAAGGAGGUCAUUGAUAAUGCUAUUGAAGAAAUGGCAAAUACGGGUGAAAGAAUUCUUGCAUUUGCCGAUCUACAUUUAGAUCCUAGAGAAUAUCCAACAGAAUAUGAAUUCGAUGCUGAAGAUGUUAAUUUCCCGGUUGAAAAUCUUCGCUUUCUUGGUUUAAUGGGGCUCAUCGAUCCGCCGAGAGAAGAGGUAAAAUCAGCGAUCGAAAGAGUUCGUGAAGCUGGGGUCCGUGUGAUAAUGGUUACCGGUGACCAUCCAGCCACUGCCCGUGCGGUGGCGCUGGAAGUCGGUAUAGCCACGUCACCUAAAUGCCACGUGAUCACUGGCUCUGAAUUACGAAAUAUGACCCCGGAUCUUCUGUUUCUGACUCUGGAAAAACAUUAUGAAAUAGUAUUUGCGCGCACGUCGCCCACCCAAAAGCUUCAAAUCGUAGAAGCGUGUCAGAGGCAAGGCAGUGUAGUAGCUGUCACAGGUGAUGGUGUAAAUGAUGCUCCCGCACUCAGACGGGCCGAUAUUGGCAUAUCCAUGGGCAUUACUGGAUCACAGGUAUCAAAACAAACUGCUGAUAUUAUUUUAAUGGAUGAUAACUUUGCCACAAUCGUAACAGGCAUCGAGGAAGGACGUAAGAUUUUCGAUAAUUUAAAGAAAUCAGUUUGCUACAUUCUCAUAUCCAACGUACCGGAAAUAAUACCAGUUUUGAUGUUCAUUUUGUUUUCAAUACCAUUACCACUAGGUGUGAUGACGAUACUGUGUGUCGACCUGGGUACUGACAUGUGGCCCGCCGUUUCGUUGGCCCAUGAACGAGCCGAGCAAGAUGUGAUGGCGCGGCCUCCUCGACAUUCAGACCCUUUAGUAUCAUGUUCUAUGAUACGUUUAGCGUAUGGACAUCUGGGCCUUAUUGAGUUCGCUGCUGGCAUGUUUUCGUACUUUAUUGUGAUGGCAGAACAUGGAUUUUAUCCUAACCAGCUAUUCGGAAUAAGGCAAAAAUGGGAUAAUGAGGCCGUCAGUGACGUGCAAGAUUCACUCGGACAGGAGUGGACGUAUCCAGAGCGGAAAGAAUUAGAACGCGCAUGCCAAGCGGCGUAUUUUGUAGCGAUUGUUAUUACACAAAUGACGAAUGGAAUAAUUUGUAAAACUAGAUACAAUUCGCUUUUUUACGCCGGUAUGAAGAAUAAAGCGCUUAACUUCGGAUUAGUGUUUGAAAUAAUUCUUGCGUGUAUUGUAUGCUACGUCCCGGGAGUCAAUACCUUCUUUCGAGCUUAUCCCCUACGACUCAAAUGGUGGUUUCUGGCCCUACCAUUUUCGUUGUUGAUGUUUUUAUUUGAUGAAUUCAGGAAAUAUUGCAUACGUACAGAACAGUUUGGCGGUUGGUUCAAUAAGCUUACAUUUUACUAGUUACAUAAGAUUAGGUUUAUAAUUUAAAUUAAUAUAAUCUUUAUUACCUUC